GCGCUCUCCCUGAGCUUCAGCUGUGGAGCUGGCGGUGCUGGGCUGCGGGAUACUGAGCCGGAGAAGAAGAGCGCGCGCGCCCCGGGUCUUCGCUCCUCUUUGCGCGGCUUAGCCGGGAGGAGCUCUUCGCAGGCUGGGGGGAGUCACUGCCGCUGCCGUAACGCCAGCCGGUCUCCUCGUGGGGAGCCGACCCAAGUCCCAGGUGGCUGUUGGCUCAGGGCUACAGCCGCUGCCUCCGCGCACUCCCGACCCAUUUGGAGCUCUCCGCUCCAGCCUUUUUGGAUGCGCUUUCUGCCUUUGCGCUCCUCAUUUGGCUUCAGGCUGAGCCCCCCCCCCCCCCGCCUCCCACCGAGCCAUUGCAGUAACCGAGACACGGGGCUCCUGUGUGCCGCCGGGGUAGCCCGCUGGAGGGGGAGGGCCCCGCGCUUCGCCUAGUCGCCGGCCUUUGGCUGUCCCCGCGCCGAGAGAGGAAAGGGGAAGCUCGUGUCAUGCCAGCCGCGGCACCGAGGGAAAGGGCUCUCCGACUGCAGGACCAGUGAAAGGAAGUGCAAGUCGUCGUCCCCCCGCCCUGGUCCCCGCGCCUGUCUGGACAAUGACAGCCAUGAAGGAGCAGCAGCAGCAGCAGGCGCAGCCGAACCCGGGCGGCCGGGGAAGCCAAGCGCAGCAGCAAGACCAGGAACUUGGAAGCAACAGCCCACCACAGAGGAAUUGGAAGGGAAUAGCUAUUGCACUGCUGGUGAUUCUAGUUGUAUGCUCACUCAUCACAAUGUCCGUAAUUCUUUUAACUCCAGAUGAACUGUCAAAUUCAUCAGAAACCAGAUUAUCUCUGGAAGAUCUCUUCAGAAAAGAGUUUGUAAUUCACAAUCCAGAAGCUAAAUGGAUUAAUGAUACAGAAGUGGUCUAUAAAAACAGGCAUGGACAUGUUGUUAAACUGAAUGUAGAAACAAAUACAACUACAUUAUUGCUGGAAAAUGCAACUUUUGUAACUUUCAAAGCAUCAAGGUACUCAGUGUCUCCAGAUUUAAAAUAUGUCCUCCUUACAUAUGACAUCAAACAGGUUUUCCAUUAUUCUUAUACAGCUUCAUAUGUAAUAUACAACAUACGUACAAGGGAAGUUUGGGAGUUAAAUCCUCCAGAAGUAGAGAACUCAGUUUUACAGUAUGCAGCAUGGGGUGUACAAGGGCAGCAACUGAUUUAUAUAUUUGAAAAUAACAUCUACUACCAGCCUGAUGUAAAGAGCAGUUCAUUGAGGCUGACAUCCUCUGGAAAAGAAGGAAUUAUUUUUAAUGGCAUUGCGGAUUGGUUAUACGAAGAGGAGCUGCUUCAUUCUCACAUUACUCAUUGGUGGUCACCUGAUGGAGAGAGACUCGCCUUUCUAAUGAUAAAUGACACAUUAGUACCAAAUAUGGGUAUUCCUCGGUUUACUGGGAGUCUGUAUCCGAAAGGAAAGCAGUACCCCUAUCCAAAGGCAGGUCAAAUGAAUCCAACAGUAAAGCUAUAUGUAGUAAAUCUAUAUGGACCAACACAUACAUUAGAACUAAUGCCACCUGACAGUUUUAAAUCAAGAGAAUAUUACAUUAUGAUGGUGAAGUGGAUCAGCAAUACUAAGACAGUUGUGCGGUGGUUGAAUAGACCUCAGAACCUAUCCAUCCUUACAGUGUGUGAGACAACAACUGGUGCUUGUAGUAUGAAAUAUGAUUUCACAUCUGAAGUAUGGCUUUCAAAACAGAAUGAGGAGCCAGUUUUCUCCAAAAACGGCAGUGAAUUCUUUAUGACAGUUCCUGUUAAACAAGGUGGCCGUGGAGAAUUCCAUCAUAUUGCCAUGUUUAAUGUUCAGGCUAAAAGUGUACGACAUCUGACAUCAGGAAACUGGGAAGUUAUCAAAAUUUUAGCAUAUGAUGAAAAAACGCGAAAGAUAUAUUUUUUAAGUACUGAGAACUCACCAAGAGGGAGACAGCUACAUAGUGUUUCAACAUUUGAACUAUUGAAUCGUCAGUGCCUUUCGUGCAGUUUUAUGAAAGAUAACUGCACAUAUUUCAAUGCAAAGUUCAGCCCUACUAACAAGUAUUUCAUUCUACAAUGUAAAGGACCUGACGUUCCAGUUGUCAGUGUGCACAGUACAAGUAAUCCUGAAAGAUUUUAUAUAUUGGAAAAUAAUUCUGUAUUACAAGAAGCCAUUUUAAAGAAAAAAAAAUUCCAGUCAGAAAUCAAAAUGCUUCACAUUGAUGACUAUGACCUUCCUUUACAAUUGUCACUUCCAAAGGAUUUCACAGACCGGAAUAAGUAUUCACUCCUGUUAAUAGUUGAUGAAGCUCCAGGCAGCCAGUUGGUUACAGAUAAGUUUCGCAUGGACUGGGAUUCUGUGCUUGUCAACUCUGAUAAUGUCAUCGUAGCUCGGUUUGAUGGAAGAGGGAGUGGAUUCCAAGGACUAAAGAUUCUGCAGGAAGUCCACCGUUCCUUAGGAUCAAUUGAAGUGAAAGAUCAGAUAGCAGCUGUAGAAUCAUUGCUGAAACAACCAUUCAUUGAUUCUAACAGGUUGAGCAUAUUUGGAAAGGGCUAUGGAGGAUACAUUGCGUCAAUGAUCCUGAAGUCCAAUGAAAGACUUUUCAAGUGUGGAACUGUGGUUGCUCCAAUUACAGACAUGAGACUAUAUGCAUCAGCUUUUUCAGAAAGAUAUCUGGGUCUUCCUUCUAAGGAGGAAAAUGCAUAUCAGGCAUCCAGUGUACUGCACAAUAUUCAUGGCUUCAAGGAAGGAAAUCUGUUAAUCGUCCAUGGGACAGCUGAUACUAAAGUCCAUUUCCAGCAUUCAGCAGAACUAAUUAAACAUCUAAUAAAAGCUGGAGUGAAUUAUACUAUGCAGAUCUAUCCAGAUGAAGGCCAUUACAUCACAUCAGAGAAGAGUAAAUAUCAUCUUUAUAGCACAAUCAUCAGUUUCUUUAGCGCGUGUUUAAAGGAGGAAGCACCAAUUUUACCACAGGAACCAGAAGAAGAUGAAUAAAGAGACCUAUUUGUACAGAACUGAGGAGACUUAAACUGAGGCUCACUAAAACCAUAAACAAGAGUGACUGUAAGAGAGCAUUCUACAUAAGCCCAAGGACAGCUGAAGGACAUACCAGCGGAACAGCACAUUUUCUAACAAUGAGCUAAUAAACUGGGAUUUGAAUACACAAGUCCAAAUAUAUUACCAAGGACAAAACCUAUACCUUUGUGGAAGGUCAACAGUUGGUUGCAGUUUCCUGGGAGAAAUUAAUUUUGCAUAAGAGUAGGGUUAGUGCAUGUUGAUUCUGUUAAGAUUCACUGUUUGUUCCGUAUGUAGUUGCUCCAUUUUUGUUUUGUUUGUUUAAAAUGCACCACACUUCUUGACUUCAACAUAAUGGACACAACCUAUCAUAAGAUUAAGACCACUAAUAUUUGAAUGGGAGCUGCAAUCUAACACUGGUGUAACAUUACAAAAAGUGCAAUUCUUUCAUUGUCAAGCAUAAAAAAUAUUGAGUUAAUAAAAGAAAUGGCUUUUGUUAUGGUUUACAUGGGAAAAUCAGGUGAGUCAGAUAUCAAGUAUACAUAUUCUUCCUCCUCUCCCAUUUCAGUAUUCACUAUUAUUGCUGCACUUACUAUAAACUGUUAAGCAAAAUUUUGGUAGUAUACUCUUGGACUUUAUGUAUAUACACAAGACUCCCUUUGCAGAAAAUGUUUCUGUGCUUGAACAGUUUUUUUCAGGUCAUACCUACAGCAAUGUUUAAAUUGAUAUCAACAACAGUAGAAACUCCCUGGUUAAAAGUUGUAUCUUUUAAUUUACUAAGAAAUGUUUGGGAUUUUUUUUUGUAUUGUUUAUAGUAGUUGAUAGUUUGCUGGUUAUGCUCUGAUUUUAGAAUAUGCUAUUUUGUCUCAUGUAAAUUAGGUACAUGGAUAUUAAAUUAUAGUUUCAGAUAAAGAAAUUUUAUUAACAAUGUAAUGCAUUGAGUAAUACUUUACUCUUGAAAUGAUGAAAUCUUUUGUGAAGUGCAUUCUUGCAUUUUCUCUUGCAGAAAGGCUGAGAUAUCAUUCUAGUGUCUACCGAGAUGGCACCUCAUGGAAGAAUGUGUCAGUUUUUAUUUGGUCUUUUACAGCUGCCUAUUAGAUCUACUACAAGGAAGAUUUAAAUUUAGCAGAGUAACUGGGAUUUUUUUUCCAUUUGUUGGCAAGGAAGCCUCCUGACAAAUGCAAGUUUUAUUAUUUUAUUUGGAUGAAGAACCUGAAGUACAUCUGUGUAUUAGUCAAGGUGAAUUACAACCCUAGAAAUGGACACUGUGAAAUAAACAACCCAGUCACCUUAGGCCAUCAGAAUAUUAACUUUCAUGAUUGAAGUCAAGUGCUAUGUUCACUUUAUUUUAGAUAUAUUUUAAGUGAUACUGCAGUGCUCUUGCCAAAUGUUGUUCAUCUGAUAGAGAAUUGUAAUUUAUUUAUUUAUUUAUUAUUUUUGCUCCUGACCGUUUUUAUUAAUACUUUCUUGUUUGAAUGAAACCUUGGGAUUUUUCCCAAGAUUAAAAUUAUUAUAUUCAUCAUAGUUUUGAAA